AUGAAGACUUUCAACACAAUUGCAGCUUUGGCUGUUGCAGGUUCUGCUUUGGCUGCUCCAUCUCCUGUUGAGAAUUUGGCACCAAGAGCUUCAUCUACAUCUCUUACUGCUAUCACAACUAAAGGAAAUGCUUUCUUCUCUGGGGACAGCAGAUUCUAUAUCCGUGGAGUCGAUUACCAACCCGGAGGAUCUUCCAAACUCGUCGACCCUAUUGCCGACAAGGCCACUUGCACGCGUGAUAUUGCGAAAUUCAAGGACCUUGGCAUCAACACUGUCCGUGUUUAUUCGGUUGACAACAGUGCCAACCACGAUGACUGUAUGAGUGCUUUGGCAGCCGCAGGAAUUUAUUUGGUUCUCGACGUCAACACACCAUUGUACUCCCUCAACCGUGCCACCCCAGGCGUUUCCUACAACUCCGAUUACCUCCAAAACAUCUUUGCUACCAUUGAUGCGUUUGCCAACUACACCAACACCUUGGCAUUCUUUUCAGGAAACGAAGUGAUCAAUGAUGAUACCACAACGAAUGCUGCCCCAUACGUCAAGGCAGUUACUCGUGACAUGAGACAAUAUAUCGGAAGCCGUGGAUAUCGUUCAAUCCCCGUUGGAUACUCUGCAGCCGAUGUUGACUCGAACCGAUUGGAGAUGGCCCAAUACAUGAACUGCGGUACCGAUGACCAGCGUAGUGAUUUCUUUGCCUUCAACGAUUACUCCUGGUGUGAUCCAUCUUCAUUCACAGUCUCUGGUUGGGAUCAAAAAGUCAAGAACUUCACUGACUACGGACUUCCUAUCUUCCUUUCCGAGUAUGGUUGCAACACCAACACCCGUGCAUUCGAAGAAGUCAAAUCUCUAUACAGCACUGAUAUGACUGCAGUUUACUCUGGUGGUCUCGUCUAUGAAUAUUCCGAGGAAGGAUCCAAAUAUGGUCUCGUAACCAUCAAAGGCGACUCUGUGACCGAAAAAGAUGAUUUCUCCGCUCUCAAGUCCGCCUUUGCAGGAACCGCAAACCCAAGUGGCGAUGGUGGAUAUAGCUCUACCAACAAAGCCUCCGACUGCCCAUCUCAAUCUACCACCUGGAACGUGACAUCUGAUGAUCUUCCCGCCAUCCCAUCUGGUGCUGCCGCUCUCAUGAAGAGUGGAGCCGGCGCAGGUGUUGGAUUGACUGGAGCUGGAUCCCAAAACUCUGGAGGAACUUCAACCGGAACUGCCACUGCUGGAUCAGGAUCGGUAACCGCUGUUGCAACUGGUUCUGGCACUGGCACUGGUACCUCCAAGCCAAGUGCAGGAAAUGCAUUGGCCCCAAUGGAGAAGUCUUCCAUGGUUAUCGGUGUAUUGCUCGCUAGUUUGACUUUUGUGGGUGCAGCCCUUUUGUAG